CCCUUGCCAAUUGCCAUCCUCGUUCCUAUCGCCAUCUCCUCCUGCUGCUCGCCUCCCCCCUGCGCAUCGUGCCAUCCGCCACCGCGCCGCGCCGCGCCGCGCCAAUGGAAGCCGCCGCCGUGCCCAGAUCCGCCGCCAUGUGCCGCGCCGCGCCCGCGCUCCCGGCCGCGCGCGCCCUGGCCCUGCCCCGCCGCGCGUCCGUCGCGGCGGCCCCGGCGCGGCGCCUGCUCCUCGCCGCCCGCCGCGCCGCUGACGGCGACAGCGUGGAGACGGCGCCGGAGGCGGUCCCCAUCGAGAAAAGAUUCCCUCCCUUCCCGAGCGUCAUGGACAUCAACCAGAUCCGCGAGAUCCUUCCCCACAGGUUCCCAUUCCUUUUGGUUGAUAGAGUAAUUGAAUACAAGGCUGGAGAAUAUGCAGUGGGGAUCAAGAAUGUUACCAUAAAUGAUAACUUCUUCCCAGGACAUUUCCCUGAACGCCCCAUAAUGCCUGGUGUUCUCAUGGUUGAGGCUAUGGCCCAGGUUGGGGGUCUGGUGAUGCUGCAACCUGAAGUCGGUGGAUCCCGGGACAACUUCUUUUUUGCAGGGAUUGACAAAGUUAGGUUCAGGAAGCCAGUAAUUGCUGGGGACACGUUGAUCAUGAGAAUGACUCUGACAAAGUACCAGAAGAGAUUUGGGCUUGCAAAGAUGGAAGGAAAAGCUUAUGUUGGUGGUGACCUGGUUUGUGAGGGGGAAUUCCUCCUGGUCAGUGCAACUGAAUAGGGCAGAGAUACCUAGCACCCCACCAGAUUCUGUUGCAGAGACAUUGCCUAGAAUGGGAUCAGGUUACUUUCUUGAAAGAAUAGUUUUGAGCUAAAGCAUUUGAGGCAAAUCCUUUACCUGUUGUUAAGUGUGUUGAGUCCAUAUUCACUCGAAUUCUAUCGCCUACCAGGGCAGAAUUAGCUCUGUUGCUGUUGUAAUACAGGAUUACAGUAUCUCAGGUAGUUGUUUGAUGGAAUAAACAAUGAUAGUUCGAUUGUGCUUUGUGGAAUUUCUUAGUGGAAUUCCCCUCAGCCGUGUGAUCAGUUUCAUAAGUUUUCCGUGUAUGUUCCAGCA